AUUCAUUAAGCGAUAAUAACGUGCCGUGAAUGUGCAUCUAAAUAAAAUAAAAUGUUUGAGAUGUUCAGUUUCAUAAUUGAAUUAGAUUAAAUAGCAUUUUUGUAUAAUAUUGUGUUAUCUUUCAUACUAAUUUUCUAUUUUAAAAGUUUUGUUAUUUAUCGUUAUUAAAAUGUCUAAAAAAAUAAUAUUCGUUUUAGCAUUUAUAUGCGUAUUCUCUGUGAUUUACGCUUGUAAUGAAGCUAUUUGUGCCAGUGUCGUUUCCAAGUGUAUGCUCACACAAUCCUGCAAGUGUGACUUAAAAGACUGUUCUUGCUGCAAGGACUGUUUUAACUGUCUGAGUUAUUUAUACAGUGAAUGUUGCAGUUGUGUUGAUAUGUGUCCUAAACCAAAUGAUACACAUGCGGAACUUUCCAAGACUUCCUACGUCGAGGAGAUGCCAGAUAGUGUUCCAGGACUGUUUGCAGCUUUAACUAGUGCUCCUGACCAAGACCAAAGGUGGCUAUCAAUAACAUAUCCUGUGGAUAUUGACGUGUCUGCUUACAGACCCACUCCUGAAAGACAACUGGUAUAUCAUAUGCAAAGUGUUGAACAAGAAUCGGAACCAGUGAGUCGUGACAUAGUUACCUUCAACUGUACAGUCGCGUACAUGUCGCAGUGUAUGUCCUCCGACAAGUGUCGGGCGUCUUGUCGAUCAAUGGGCGCUAAUAGCUUCAGAUGGUUCCACGACGGAUGUUGCGAGUGUGUCGGCGAUAAGUGUCUGUACUACGGCAUCAGUGAGAGCAGAUGUCUCGCGUGUCCGGGAGGGAAGGAAAGCUCGGAGGGCGCUAUAGACGAAGACCUCUCGUAUGACGAUUUAGACUACGGCGAAGAAGUGGACGCUCAGUCCAUAUGAAAUGUAUUUAAUCUAUUUCAAUAGAUAUGUGUACAAUAGAAUUACUUCAAACAUCAUAAUAAUUAAAUUAGAGUUUCUUAUAGAAAAAAAAUAAAAUAAAAAAUGAUCGUAAUUUGAUUUUUUACAUUAAUAUUUGUAAAAUAAUUUAAUUGAAAUGAUAUAUAAAUGUAUAUUUACAUACAUGUACACGACAUAUAACAUGACAUUGUUCUUUUUGUUGUACUAUUUUCAUAUAUUUUUUUUAUAAAUUAGCUACUUCAAAAUGGUCCAAGAGAGUAUGUAUCAUAUUGUAUUUUUUUACAUCAUACGGUUAAGCCUCGAUUGUCCAUAAUCUUUAUCAGAUAUUUAGUGCUUGAUACCGUAUUUCCACAUUAUUCUACCAUAAACCAAUUUAUUUUUUUUUGUAAUCAUGCCUUAAAAAUCAAUGAUUAUAACUAUAAAGUUUGUUUAUGAAUAAGGAAUAAUCAAUUUUAAAUCAAGUGUUAUAACGUACGUUUGAAAUGUGAGUUAACGCGUAAAACGCAAGAAUAGCGAAAGCGGCGAUGUGACCUCAUCGGUUGGGUAGCGAAUAUUGUGACAUAUGAGUAAGAGAGACAAAGUACAAGAGAGGGAAAGAAAAGACGUGAAUUGUAGAUUAUUAACCCUUUAACCGCCUAGGUAGAAUUAAUCCGACAAAUAUUUUCGGGCCCAUUUCGCCUGAGUCGUAUAUUUACGACCAAAAUAACACUGAUCGUUUUAUCAGCUUUUUUAUUUAAUUACGCUGUAUUCUAUCAAAAAUAUGUUUACAUUAGGUAAAUAGUUAACUAAGUAAUCGUUUACAGUUUAAUACACUUUAGCCUCUUAAUUAGAAGUCUUAAAAAUAAUGUCCAAAGUUAGAAGAAUUACUAACAUUAUUUUUAGAAAAUUGUAUUGUGUGUUUCGAUUCACUGUGCCGGGCGCUGGGGCUGUAUUUGUUAAAUUUAUAUUCAUUUAGAUUUAUUAAAAGAAAAACACAUUUGUAGUUUAAAUUUUACCAACGAUGAGCAAAAUUAUUCGCUCCUAACCAGUGGACAUUUUGUAUCUCUUUUUGUUGUACUAGUAUUUAUUUUGCAGAGUGUAUAGAUGACGAGGAGCUACCGUCUUAAUUCACCAUCACAUAGAUGUCAGCACUGUAUAAGCAGCGACGUGAUCUGUUCAUCUUACAGUGUCAAUGUCAUAUGAAUGGUACCAUACUAUAAAGCCCAUUUAUUUCUGUCUUUCGUUUAUCAAUUAAGUAAAAAAUAUUAUUAAUAAUAUUUAAUUAUAAUAUUCAUAGUUUAUGGAUUUCAAUUGCAUGCAAUUAUUUUUUUAUUUAUAAUACAUAGGCAGACUAGCAAAUGGGCGACCUCAUUGUAACUGAUCACCACCGCUCAUAGACAUUGCAGCUUUAAGAAAUAAUUACCAUUCCUUACACUGGCUCACUCACUCUUCAAAACGGAACAGCGGUAGAAUAUGUGAUGAGCAAUUGAUAUCUAACCAGGGCUGGCCCCGAGUAAAACCUUGAAGAGAAAUGAAAUUGACUAAAUAAGAAAAUAGACAAUUAGCCAUUUAUUACUUACUUUCUAAAUAUCUGAAACGUUACAAUGGAUAAUCGAUGUUGAACAUUAUAAGAUGUAUUUUUCAUUUACUAAAAUGUGCAAAUAUUUCAAGUUUGACAUCAUUAAUUUAUAUAAAAUAAUUUUGAAAAUUAGCUUAUAAAUAAUGAAUUAAAAUAUACAUAUUUAUUGAUCGACUUGACUAAUACAAACUCAAAUAUUCACAAACCAGUCUAUUUUAUAAGUAAAUAAGUUAUUAGUUAAGUUUAUUAUAAUACAGUUAGAAAAUUUAAGUUUACUUGUAGUAAGAAUGUGCCUUCUAGAUUAUUUAAGUUUCAGUGAUCUUCUAUUGGGUAAGGACUGUUAUACAAAAAAAAAAACAUUAUUGUUUUUUUCUUUUUAAUUUUAUUUUUAUAAAGGAGAAUGACCAAAAAUGUAUGGACCUUGGUCCAAAUGUCCACCACUAACUGACCUAUCUCAUAAAAUAGUGUACUAAAUAGUGAGUCAUUAUAACCAAAUUAUGCAAAAAAUAUCGUUAAUAUAAUUUUGUCGAUCGCACAUUUUGAACUAAACUACGCAUGUUAUGUCAUGCCGCUUGGUGUCGCGUUUUAGUUUUUCGCUGAAAUAGAUCUUGAUCAAAGACCCGGAAGAACGAAUACGCAACGCGUGUUUCAAGUAGUACCAGAUACUUGCGUACCUGGUAUUACUUUAGGUACUCAGGUAAAAACCGAGUGCAUUAUUUGCUAAGUGCGAAAGGGAUAAAAAUAGUGCAUAUCUAUCAAACAUCAAUAUAUAUAUAUCAAUAUCAUCAAGUUGCGCAGGGCUUUAGAUGAAUCAUCAUGAGUACCGCGUAAAGAGUACCUGCUCACAAUUAAAAUGGAUUUAAAUAAAUAGUGGAACAAUAAAAAGGGAAGCUAUUAUUAUUUUUCAUACAGUCAUAACUUUUUACUGUCAGCUUAUUUAUUUUUUUGUGUCACACUAAAAGUUACUCUGUUAAUUUUAGUGUUGGAUAUUUGGACCACUUUUGUUCAUUCUCCUUUACAUAAAUUAUUAGUUUUUAAUUUUAUGUUUUACAUAAGUGACGAGUCUCGUUAAAAAAAAAAAAACUUGCGUUAGGUGAAUGAUGCCCAGUUACUACAGUAGUACCGUAACAGUGUAAAUGUCCUACUGCGGAGCUAAGGCCUCCUCUCCCAUUUUUGGAGGAGCUUAUUGUAUAUUCUAUAUAGCUGCUCCAAUGCGAGUUCGUGGAAUACACAUAUGGCAGAAUUUCAGUGAAAUUAGACACAUGCAGGUUUUUUUAAUUAUGUUUUUCUUCACCGUCAAGCACGAGAUGAAUUAUAAUCACAAAUUAAGCACAUGAAAAUUCAGUGGUGCUUGCCCGGGUUGAAUCCAUGAUCAUCUCGGCCAUCUCGGCUUCUGUCCAGUUACUACAUUCAAGAAAUCAUUCGUUAUGCUUACAGAUAACUCAUAAGUUACCUUUGACUAGUACAUAUGGAUGAGAAGGCUACGAAUAACGCAUAGUAGAGUAAAUAUAUGAAGAUGACAAAUACUAAUGUUUCAAUAAAAAAAUGUAAACAUUCAAAACUCGAAUAGUAUCUGGAAUAUUGUAACUGCAAGACAGAAAAUUAAUUCAUUAUCAGUUCCAGUGUCUGGAUCCCAUACGCAGUGCCUAAAACAUCACUGGUCAUAAUAUAAUAAAGCUCGAUUUUCAUUAAAGUCAUCCCAACAACGAUGAUAUCCUAAACCAAGGGCUUUGAAAAGAUGCGUUAUAGGCCAAUAUGACGUUCAUAUAGCGAGCCCUAAGUCCUCUUAGUCCUCCAACAUCUUGCUCGAGUCACCUUAGUACUCGCCAGUAUUUUCUCCGAACAUAUAUGAAUAUCAUAGAUUUUUUUUUCGAAUAUUAUGUAAGCGACAGUUUGUAGCAACAUUUAUAAAAAGAUUGUAAUUAUUUUUAUAUCAUUUUUUUUUUGCUAUCUCUAUCAAUUUGUAUGCUUUAAUUUUAUUUUGUGUAUUUUGCUGUCCGUCCUUGAUGUUUUAUGAUAAUUUAGACAAUUAGUUAUUAGAUAACUUAUAUUUAAAGCUUAAACAUAUAUUUAUAAAACAAUAUUUAUUGGAGGUGUGUAAAUAAUAAAUGUGAUUUAAAUUUAAAAAAAAAGAUUAGAUAUGACGUAGUGCGCUUUGGUCGUUCAAAUAAUAGAGUCGUGAUGAUCAUAAAACCGUUAUGAUGCUUAAAUUGAAUUAUUAUUUGAAAAUAGAGAAACAAGUCAACUAUACUUUAUAUAAUAAAGGUGUAGGGAUUAUUUUUUUUGGUUUGAUCGAACUAACCUCUGAAACUAAGUCAUAAGCUUUUUUUUUGGGCCCAAUUCUUGAGGUGACUUAUAAGGUAAAAUAACGUAAUGCUACAGCCCAACGGGGCAGAGGGGGGGGGGCAGCAGGGACGUUUGACGUGGCUGGAACCGGAAUGAAUACAUUUGUCACAAUUAUAAAUAUAGAAGAAACAUAAAUGCCUACAAUAUAGAUUGUUUUCAUAACUAAUAAUCACUAAGCUCAAGAUAAGGUCAGUAAUAAUUUAUAUAAUUAUAUAUAAAAAUUAUCGUUUAUAGCAUCUUGUAGUUUACAAUUCUUUAAUAAAAUACAUAAAGCUCAAUAUUAUUGACCGUUUUAAACGUGUUUAGUGAUUUUUUUUUUAAUUUCAUAACUUGCAUUUAAGUAAAAGACACUGCACUAUAAAGCUCAUCAGUUAUUAUUUCGUAAUUCAUCUAGCUAUUCAUAUUUUGAUAUAACGUUAGAAUUUCACCCUCGGUGUUAUGAACUCGUGCAUUUUUUUUUUAAUUCUGACCAAUGUUGAAUAAAGUUUUGCACGCGAUGCGUUUAGUUGAGACAAAAAUAUAAUUGCUACUUAUUCUGCUGUUGACUGUCCAAUUUGAGUUCAUAAUUAAAAUUUUGUAUUUUACAAUUUAUAAGUACUUGAUUUUAAACAUAUUUAUUAUUUAAGCACGUUUUAUUUAUAUAUACAUUUAUAAUAUUAUGCUACUGUUAGUGUAAAAGGUCAUCUGUAUUUGCGUAUUUAAUUAAGAGUAUAAUAACUGGUUAUUUCCAUAAGUUUUUUUUUGUACGAUAAUUAUAUUUAUCCUCGGCCGUUUUUUUUAUUCAUGUAUAAAGCAAUUUUUAAACCAUAUUUUAAUUUAAUAAGUUACAAUAUAAAACAAAAAAGGUUUUGUUUUAUAUUGUAACUUAUUUUUAUACUCUAUUUCUGUACUAACAGUUGUAAGAAGUAUUUAAGCUUUUUAUUAAGCUUUAAUUUUCGUUAAAUCUCUCAAGUGCCAAAUGAGUUGCUUGUACAAUUAUAUGCCAUUCGAUAUUAUGAUGUAUAUUUGAUUAUUGAUUUAUGUCUGAUUUAUAAUCUCGAUUUUAGAUUCGAAUAAUUUUAUUCUAUUAAGUGCCUUAAACAUUUUUUACUUUUAUAUUAAAUAAAUUUUAUAUAA